UAGAAGGAUCUAGAAGGCAGUGGCGAUGAUUUUACCAAAACAACAGGAGACGGCUUAUUGUUUUGCUUUAUAAAAAUGACAUCCAUUGCAAGUAUACCGAGAAAACUUCCGUUACUUCUCGUCACCGAAGAUGUCCUCCUCCCGGGGUCAUCGAUACGGGUAUCUGUUACCUCAUCAGCUAACAUUAAUAUGGUGAAGAGCCGCCUUUUAAGCAAGAGCUCUCUGUCGAGUUCUAUCAUUGGUGUUCUACCGAAGGAACCAGGACAGUUUGAAUCUGAUGAUAUUGGAGCAAUGCACAAUAUUGGAACGGCAGCCUUAGUGGUUCAGGUCACUGGAACCAAUUGGCCACGUCCUUCUUUCACCCUACUUGUCACUGGUCUGUGCCGCUUCAGACUGGAUAAGCUUGUAAUGGAAGUACCUUAUCCCGUAGGUGUUGUUACACAAUUGGACAAAUUAUCAAUCGAUGAUGAAGAUGAUGAUGAAAACCCUGAGUUUGCAGCUUUGGUGGAAAAUUUCAGAAGUGAAUCUACAAAGUUACUUGAUAUGCUUGAUGUGUCCAGUCCUGUCGUAGCAAGACUAAAGAAAAUGCUGAAUUCUAUUCCCCACACUAUGCUUGCUGAUUUGGUGGCAUCUCUCACCAAAGCUUCAUUUACUGAAAAACUAGAAAUUCUCGAUGCAAUUGACCUAAUGGAAAGGUUUAAAAAAGCCCUUCCACUUCUUGUGAGACAAGUUAAAAUGCUGGAGGUUAUUCGUAAAGGAACCUCGUUGGAGAGUAACCCAGGUCGACGAAUGAUCAUGCCCUUUCAGAAUAUUGCUGAUGGUCCCAAAACUUCUAAAAGAUCUGAUGAUGAAAUGGAUGGCAAUAGCGAUACAAAUGAUUUACUAGAGCUCCAAAAAAAAUUGAAAGAAGCCAAGCUACCUCAACAUGCCCGCAAAAUUGUUAUCAAGGAUUUGCAAAGGCUCAAAAGGAUGGGUCCUUUCAGUCCUGAGCAUGGUGUCAUUCGCAGUUGGUUGGAGCUCAUAGCUGAUCUACCAUGGGCUAAAGCAUCACAAGAAACACUAGACAUUCACAAAGCAAGAAAAGACCUGGACGCAGACCAUUACGCUAUGGACAAAUUGAAAAGGCGUGUCUUGGAGUAUCUUGCUGUACGUCAACUAAAGAAUACCCUUCGUGGUCCCAUUUUAUGUUUUGUUGGACCACCAGGAGUUGGCAAGACAAGUGUGGGCAGAUCCAUUGCAAACACAUUAGGGCGAGAGUUCUACAGGAUUUCUCUUGGAGGAAUAUGCAAUCAAUCUGACAUAAGGGGACACCGAAGGACAUACAUUGGUUCUAUGCCUGGCCGAAUUAUUCAAGGGCUAAAAGUUGUUGGGGUUAAUAAUCCUGUUUUUCUUCUUGAUGAGAUAGAUAAAAUGGGAUCUGGAAUUCAUGGUGAUCCUGCUUCUGCUCUUUUAGAAGUGUUGGAUCCAGAACAAAACUGUAGUUUUGUUGACCAUUACCUGAAUGUUCCCUUUGACUUGUCUCAAGUUAUGUUCAUUGCCACAGCAAACACAACUAAGAGCAUUCCAGCACCUCUCCUUGACAGAAUGGAGCUAAUUCAUGUGCCAGGAUAUACUCAGGAGGAAAAGAUGGAAAUUGCAGAAAUACACUUACUUCCUAAACAGUUGAGAGAACAUGGACUUGAUUCUAGCCACAUGGUACUGCCUCAAGAUAGCUUAAAAGCAUUAACUGCUCAGUAUACGAGGGAAGCUGGUGUGAGAACUCUGGAAAGGAAACUUGGAGCACUUUGCCGAGCAGUAGCGGUGCAAGUGGCUGAAAUGAAAUUAAAAAAGACUUCAGAUGACCCGAACAUUGAUAGUAUCACUGAUGAAGCUGUAAAUGAUAUGAGAGGUAGUGAUACAUUAGAUGGUUCUGUAGAUGUUGCUCCCUGUGCCAUACCUCCACAGCUUCCAAUAAUUCUUGAUGAAGCUGCUCUUGAGGAUAUUUUAGGGCCGCCAAUCUAUGACAGUGAUGACAUUUGGUCAAGACUUGGAGUUCCAGGAGUUGCUGUUGGCCUUUCAGUUUCUUUAGCUGGUGGGAAUGUGAUGAUGGUUGAGGCCAGUAAAAUGGAGGGUGAUGGUGAAAUUGUGCUCACUGGUCAAUUGGGAAAUGUCAUGCAGGAGUCAGCUCACUUAGCUCUCAAUUGGGUUCGAACUGCAUCUCGAGAGUAUGGUCUAAAACUUGAUGGAGAAAUGAUGUCACACACAGAUAUCCAUAUUCAUUUCCCUGCUGGAUCAGUCGGUAAGGACGGUCCAUCAGCCGGUGUAACAAUAGCUACUGCUCUUGUCUCUCUUUUCUCUGGCCGCCCUGUUGCAUCUGAUGUUGCUAUGACUGGAGAGAUCACACUUAGGGGCAUUGUUCUACCAGUUGGUGGCAUCAAAGAAAAAGUUCUUGCUGCUCACCGUGCUGGUAUGCGCAGAGUUAUCAUUCCUAAGAAAUGUGAAAAGGAUUUGGUGGAUGUCCCAGACAGCAUUAAGAAGGAUCUCUUUAUUAUUCCCGUGAGUCAUGUGGAUGAAGUGCUUCAGGCUGCUUUCGAAGGAGGAUUUCAUGCCAAUGUGCAGUUAGACCAAGUCAGGGGUGCUAUUACUAGUAAACUCUAAAAAAAUAAUUGAAAAAUAUUUAUAUUAAUUAAAUAAGUAGUAAUUUUACCACAUAGACACAAAUAUGCAUGGGUUUAGAAUAUUUUCAAAUGGUGAAGACAUUCCUUGAUAGGUUUGUUUUCUAAUGAAAGUCAAAGAACAUUUCAAAAAUAUGUUCAUACUUAGUUUAAUGUGAUUUUUUCCUUGAGAGUGAAAGAAGUAGUUACCUUUUUUUUACUUAACCUUAUGCUACACAUAGCAGAGGUGUUGAUGAGAAGUUUUAAUUGGACUCAUAUUUUUACUUAAUUGACGAAACCUGAGGAAUAAUUUUAAAUAUGGAUUGGCUUUGUUUACAUAUUAUGUAGCUGAAGUGCAUCUGCAUCUUGCCCAUGAUCUUACAUUUACGGACUUUAUGGAUCGUGUCAUGAAAAGACAUUGUCAGUGCUUCAAUUUAUGUGUAUGUGUAAGAUUUCAUGGUACUCUGUAAACGAGAAAAUGUGCAAUUUUAAUGCCAUCAAUGCCUAAGUUUGAUUAAUCUUGGAAAGGGGUAUGAUUUCAAUAUGUGAUAAUAACAUUUAUGAUUUAUAUUUUUGUUGAUAUAAUAAAAAUCUUUUUCUUCGUUUGAUUA